GUAUAAUUUGAUUUUUCACAGUUGACUAAAAUAAGAAUUAAAAAAAAAAAAGGAAAAUGUUCUGAUGAAAAAAUAACAUGAUUACAAAAUGCCCAUGAAAUUCAAAACAUUAAAAUGUGCAACAUUGAAUUUGUGGAAAAUAAACACGCCUAUUGGACACAUAGAAAUUACUUGUUGUGAAAGCGGAUUACAUUCAAUCAUACAAACAACUGUUGCAUCACCACCUGAUCUUAGCGUAAAGGUUUCUCUAGUACAAGGAUGCAUCAUGGAUCUAUCAGCACUUGUUAAAGAGGUUUUGAAUUGGUUUACUGUUUAUUUUAAACAUCCGAAAGCUACUUCAAGUCUUUGCAUACCAAUUAUAUGCAGUGUAGUUUUAAAAAGCGAUUUCAGAAAAAAAGCUUGGUUACAUUUAGCCUCAGAAAUUCAAGCCGGUGAAACUGUAAGUUAUAAAAAACUUGCAGAGUUAAUUGGAAAUCAAGGAGCUGUUCGAGCAGUUGGUUCUGCUAUGUCAAAUAAUCCAAUAAGCAUUAUUAUUCCUUGCCAUCGUGUGAUAAAAUCGAAUGGUGAUAUUGGAAAAUAUGCUGGUGGAUUUAAAAAUGACGUAAAGAAAUGGUUGUUAGAGUUUGAGAGAAACUCUUAAAAAAAAAACCGGGGUAGUAAAACAGUUAAACAUGUUAACUUUUGAACAGCAUUUUGUUAUAUUCUUAACAAAAUUUAGAUUUUAAUCCCUAAAAAUGUCAUAUUGCUUUUUUUGUGGAUAAAACAAGAUAAAUAAAUCAAAACGAUGCAUUUUUUUAUUAAAUAUUAUUAUCUUUAAUUAAUUUACCGUAUUCUUUUGUUUUCACUUUUAUUAUAAUCUCGACAAGAAAAUUUAAUGUGGGUCACGUGUCAUUAAAUGAUAGUCACUCUCGUAUUAUGGGUAGCGUAAUGUUGGGCCAUGUGUGCUAUGAUAAUUAUACCACUUAAGUUGUAGCCACAUGUGACUAUAAAUACCAUAAGACCAUUAUGCCAUUAGAUUACCUAAAUAUAUAUGUGUGCGCGCGCGUGUGUGUGUGUAAAACAGUGCUAGCUGAAAAUAUUAACCCACUCGUAAUCAUUUUAGUCAACUUCGAAUAAAUAUAGAUAAAAAACUAAUUUUAAUUUUUUUUUAUGUUUAUUAAGUAAAAGGUUAGACCUAAUAAAAUAAUUAUUGGUCAGUUGUCAACUUGUAUUUUGUUUUAACUUGUUUUUGUUUUAGAAGUUUAAUGACUUAAAUUGUUCGAUAAAUAAGAUUUUAAUCGUAUUCGAAUAAUAAGAUUUCACUGGAUAUAUCCGACAAAUGAGAUUGAGUGGGUGCAAGACGAUGUAUUUAUUUUUUAUAUGGACAUGUUUAUCCGCAGUUUAUUUUUUAAUUUUUGUCAUUUUAGACGUGAUAUUUAUUUUGAAAUUUAUAGAGAUUAUUGUUCAUAUAUUUCAGGAGUUACAUUAUUUCUUAUUCUUUAUAUUUUAACGAUACCUCAUUUUGUAAUUUUUCUUUUAUUUAUUUGUGUCUUAAUAUUGUAAUAAAGAACAAUACUUUAUUGUAAGGUAUAACUCAAUUUGUAUCUUACAAUAAAGAAGUCGCUACCCCUACUAACUAUUGCAAUAGUUAGUAGUGGUCUGAAAGAUAUAUACAUUAUUAUUUUAA